CCGCCGCCUCACAAAGCGACCUAGCGAGGUGCUGCCGAGUACCAUCUACACGCUCUAUAAGAAGGUGCAAGACUCGGCUACGCAUGAAGGCAUAAUGCCCCGGGAGAUCCGACCGGCCGUCGAACAAUUGUUGGGCGAGGAUUUUGUCCGUGACAGAUGGUUUUAUGACACGGCCCCGGCUAAAGGGACUGAAGCGCUCCAAGAGCUCCACGAACUGGAACGCAUCGUGGAGCAGACGGCCUUGUCGUCUGAUGACUAUGAGGAUGGUCGGGGGGUUUUGGGUCCAUUUUCCCAUCCUUCGACUCGUGUUCGGCGACCAACAGGACCCGGACACGCAACCUGAUGAGCAUGCUGUAGUUCCAGAGGCCAUUGCCUUCGCGGGCAUGGUCAAGGCUUGCGUUCCGCAGUUCGCUCCGGAUAGAAACGGCCUCUAUGCCUGCUCCUACAAGGAGACUAGCACGAGCGGAGUCUCUUCCGAAGCAAGGACCUGGAACUCGGCACGUGAGCUGGCUAAUAGCGGGAAGCCUGGUGGCGGGCGCAAGGUAGAUUACGCCCUCCUUCUUCAGUGCCGCCGAGACAGUCAGCUCCAUGUCGCCAUCUCUCAGGCCUGCUUCUCGCUCCAGUCCCAGAUCGGCGGGAAGUCUCAUGUCAACGAGACCGACUACCAGAAAAUUCAGUUCAAGCCGAUCGCUGUCGCCAUCGAAGCUAAGCGCAUCACUGCCGGCGGCGAUCGAGUCGUGCAGCUGGGCUUGUGGACGGCCGCCUGGCAUGCCCGCAUGGAGCAGUUCCGGAUGCUGCAGGCGCAACCGACCCGGGUUCUGCUGCAGCUGGAGAUGGCGGUUGGAUUGUACCAUUGCCCUUGAUAGCGAUUUAUGGCUCGGCGUGGAACCUCUAUUUCGCCUGUGAUGUUCGCACAGAAAUUCACAUGUAUGGAUCUAUCGCAAUGGGGGACACCCGCAACGUGGUUGGUGCCUAUGUUCUCCUGUCGUGUUUUCGGGCGCUGAAGGAGUGGGUUCGAGGACCGUUUCUUGACUGGGUCCGGUCUUUCUUCCUCAGUCUGGGGGACGGGCACAGGGUCUAAGUGUGGCUUGCAGUCCAGAGAUGUUGCCCUUGAACGUGGGAGGUAAGCAGGGAUAUGGCGAUGUCAAAUCAAGCAUUGCAAUUCUCCAACGCUUUGGUAAGGCUU